AUGACCCAGCGCCCGUUGCUCCAGGGCCGGCAGGAGCAAGAAAUGACGCGAUCGUCGUCAUCGUUGACCAUGCCCCACUCCCAUCAUCAUACGCCGAUUCCCAUCGGGGACUUCUCCGGCUUCCCGUCCGCGUCGCAACAGCAGCAGGCUCUCACCAUGCGAGGCCUCCCUGGGUUCGCGCCGCCGCCAUUGCAGCAACAGCAGGCGUAG